CUCGGCCUGAGAGUGAGGCCCCGUCGAUUGCUCGCAUUCCGAUCCCCAUUCUGCGCCGCCACAUGGCACGGACGGCUCCGGUCGCCGACGCCGACACCAUCGCUGUCCUCGGCGGCGACCUCCUGCGGGAGGUCUUCCUCCACCUCCCCACCCCGGCCGACCUCCUCCGCGCGGCGCUCGCCUGCAAGCCCUUCAUCCACGCCGCCCGCAGCGCCCGCUUCCUCCGCCGCUUCCGCCGCCGCCACCCCUCCGCCUGCCCGCUCCUCCUCGGCUGCUUCGUCCACCGCCCCAGUGAGGACCGCUGCCGCGAAGACCCCAGCCCUCUCCUUCUCCCCGCCCCCCUUCCCGCCGCCGCGCGCCGCGUCGUCGAGGGCGGCGACUUCGCGCUCUCCUUUCUGCCCGACCGCGGCUCGUCGGGCCCCGACCCGUGGAGGGUCUUGGACAGCCGCAGCGGCCGGCCCCUGCUGUGGGAUCGGGCGUCCGCGGAGCAGCCCGUCGCCGAUCCGUGGAAGGUCUUGGACUGCCGCAACGGCCGCCUCCUGCUGCGCAAUCGGGUGUCCGGAGAGCUGGCCGUCGCCGAUCCCUUGACCCGGCGCUGGGCCUCUCUCCCCGCGCCCCCGGCUGAGCGCCCCGUGGGGUACGGCCUCGUCACCGACGACGGCUGCUCGUCGGUGUUCCAGGCGUUCUGCCUUUCAGAAGACGGCGGGGGCUCCUCCGGGCUCCGCGCCCUGGUCCUCUCCUCCAGCGAGCUCCGAUGGGCCGACGCCGCUGUCCUCGCGGGCCAGUACAAUCUCGAGGACUCCCGGGUGAUGCAAGCCAACGGGUCGCUGUACUGGAAGCUCAAGGGCGGGGAGCGCAUGGUUGCGCUCAACACGGCGACGAUGGCGUUCUCCUUGCUGGAGCUCCCGGAUUUCGCGCGGCAGUUCAGCUUCGAUGUCAUUGAGAAGGGGGACGACGAUGCUGGCGGGCUCUACCUGCUCACCAUGCUCGGAUGCUGCAUCGAGGUAUGGGGCGGCUGGGAUGAUGGCAGCGGUGUGCUAACAUGGACACUGGUGGACAAGUCGGUGAGGUUCCAAAGGGCCAUGGCGGAGAUGAUUGGUUCACCACAGUUUUACCGGCAUGGGCUGGUUGUCAUUGCGGUGGUUGCCGGUGUGGUCUUCUUGCGCAAUAAGGAUCGCCUGCUCUCCAUUGAUUUGGAAACUAUGAAGCUGAGGAUGUUAGUUCGGAAAGACGAGUGCCCAUCAGCCCUGAUGUAUCCUUACACGAUGGCGUGGCCGCCUUCAUGCUUGAACCCUACUGAACAAGAAAUGUGAGGCUCACUACAUCUUAUGAUGAUAAUAAGGUUUUGUGCAGAGGUAACGAAGAGGAAGGAAUUCAAUCAUCCAUACGAUGGUUGCGGCGCAACCAGUUGUGCCUAAGGCCGUGUUUGGAAUGUCGUUUUCCUUCUAAACACACUCGUAUAGAAAAUACAGGUGUCCGCCCGUCGUUUUGGUUUCCGGUUGGAAAUAGCUCUGGGCCGGUAUUUUACACCUGUAAGUUAUAUACACCUGUAUAAGAUUACACCCAUACCAAGCGCGGCCUAAAUGUCUGAACCUCGUACGAUGUAAUUAGUUACUUUUAUGUUCUUGGUGUGUGUUUGUGUGGUCACUCUAUAAUCCGACUUCGUAAUCUGGGGAAUGCAGUAUGUAGCACGCUUCCUUCCUGACUGUUGUAUUGUACCAGUUCAUCUGUCUCCUCAAAUUUGUGUGAUACAAUCCUAGUCGAGGUUGGAGUGUGUCUCCUUCGAUACAGAUGCAUGGAUUAUAUCUCAGUGUAAUAAAUGGGCUUACAGAA